AUGACACCAAGUGAUGGUGUGGGUGAACUCACAAAUCGUUUACAUAAUCAUAUCUUUAUUAGACGUUACGGAAAACAAAAUUCAUUUGAUACAAGUUCAAGCGAUAGCUUUCCAUCACUGUUGCUAACACCAUGUUUAACAUCAACCUCCAAUUACUCAACAAUGGAAGUGAAACGAUUUGAUUCUUCAUGGACGUUAGAUGUAGCAUAUGGAAGAGUUGUCCCAAUGGAAUUGAAUCUCAUAACAUCUGUGCAUUCAGAAUCAAACUAUGAGUCGAUAACUAUUGGUUUAUGUUGUGACAUGUGGAAACUUUUAAUAAUCAACUCUCAUCUUCUUACGACAUCCAAUUUAUAUUCACAUUAUUAUUAUCAAAAGCAAACGUUGAAUAUCAAUGAUGUUUAUGAAGAUGAUGAGAAUACGAAUCCAACUGGAAAUAUAAGGAAACCUUUUCACGCCCAUUCACCUGACAUCGCAGCACGUGAACCUGUUUUCGACCAAAUAAUCAAAGAAAUAUCCUUCCGAUUUGCUUCUAAUUUUUAUGAUUCAAUUUACUCAUUUCCGUUUUGCAGUCAAAUGAACGAUUUGAGGAAAAGUGAAGCUAUUUUCAAGCGUCUUUGGUCAAGAGAUUGCGUCACAUAUCCAACUUGA